CCAGACCGGCUGCUUUGGCCACGCGCAGGUGUAAGAACAAACACGUGGGCAAUCUCACCGUAAGAACAAACACGUGGGCAAUCUCACCACACGAGAGCAGCACGAGCAGACAGCCUGAACGCAUGACACACGUGCGGCACCUGGGGACACUUACUUUUCUCGUGCUUAUCGCAGCCCGCUACCAACGGCACCCAAGCAGUGACAUCCGUGCCGUGCGCGCUCGCGGACAGCCGACGCACGCUCGGCGGCUCCUCGGGAUAGGCUCUCUAGCAAGCGAGCACACGCCCCUCUCACACCACGCUCCGGCUGCAGCGAGAGCGAGACGAGUAUCCGCGCGGUGCGGCGCGACAGACCCUUCCGCGUGAGGGCGUGCUCGUCUUGCGCGCCGCCCGUCUCGCGGGCGUAGACCCACCACCCGGACCGUGCGUAGACCCACGCGUGAGGCGAGCUGAUCAGAGGGUGUGCGAGCCCUCUCCCGACCUCCGCCGCGUGCACCCGAGCGCCACGCGCUCGCGUUCGCGCCUCCGCGGUACCUGUCGCAAGGGGCACACGGGAGGUGCGCCUUCCGUACGGAGCACGCGCGGCCUGCCGCGCGAUGCGCCCGCCGAGCGUGUCUUGCGCACGAGCGGAGCGGCGCGAGCGUGCGCAGAGUUGGGAUGGAGAGCUCUCGCGUCGCGAUCUCAGGGUCGCGAGGGGUCGGCCUAAGCUACCUGCACGCGCCGCGAGCCCGGAGGCUGCACGAGAACCCGCGCGGCGAGAUGUCUGGAGCCCGGAGCGCCGGCGGCUCGACGAGCCGCUCGCGGCGAUGCGCCGUGUGGGAGGACGAAGUGGCCAGGAGCGCGCUCCUUUGAAGGCUCGGCCAGGGGUAGCGAGCUGCCCCUGUCGGCGCGAGGCGGUGCCGCGGCGGUGCGCGUGGAGCGCAGGCCAGCGAAACCUGCAAUCGGCGAUUGCAGGUUGGGCCACUGCGAGCGCUCCGACGCGGUGGCGGCCAUCAAGGAGG